GGGAUCUCUUCAGUUCAGCUCUAGACACACACAGACACGCUCCUCUCUCUGGACUAUACGCGCGUCGUUUAUUUAAUGGCAAUACAUUGAAUAUGGAUUAGAGCACAUUUCUCAACAGGAACAUUAAAAGCUCAUUCAUUUACAACCGCCCACAGGGCUCGAGGUGCGUGUGCUCUAUAAGGAAUAUAGAGGGUGUUUUUUCCUGCUUGAAGGAUGGGAUUAAAGAGAUCGAGGAAAAGUUGGGAUUUUUGAGUCUCCUCGUGUUGUAUGGCAACGAUGGAGAGAUAAAGCUCACCACCUACUGAGAUCACGAAGGCGGACGCACUGUUAAUUACACAGAGAAAGGAAAUGCACAGAGCCUGGGUUCUCCUCAUUGUAAUAGAAGAGGGAUUUGCCCUGGCGCAGAAAAUUAAAGAGAUUCAGAAUGAGGGUGAAUCUCCAUCUCCUACUGAGCAGUGCGGCCAGUGGACCCGGAAUAUCAACGGAGGGCUGUUUACAUCUCCAAACUACCCAAACUCUUAUCCACCCAACAAGGAGUGUGUGUACAUCCUGGAAGCUCUCCCUCGCCAGAGAAUUCAGCUGGCCUUUGACAAAACGUACUAUAUUGAGCCCUCCUUCGAGUGCCGCUUUGACCACAUUGAGAUAAGAGAUGGUCCCUUUGGUUUCUCCCCUCUUAUUGAUCGCUUCUGUGGGCCAAAGAGUCCAGGUGUGGUCACCUCCACAGGCCGCUUCAUGUGGAUCAAAUUCAUCAGUGACGAAGAGCUUGAAGGCUUAGGUUUCCGCGUCAAGUACACUUUUAUAGCAGACCCAGAUUUUCAUUUGCACGUCGGUGGAUUGCUAAAUCCAAUUCCAGAUUGCCAGUUUGAGAUCAGUGGUUCAGACGGAAUCAUCCGCUCCAGUCAGGUGGAUGAGGAUAAGAUCAAAAAUGGAGACACACUGGACUGCAUCUGGACCAUCCGUGCGCCUCCUCAGUCCAAGAUAUACCUUCGCUUCCUGGAGUACCAGAUGGAACACUCAAAUGAGUGCAAGAAGAACUUUGUGGCCGUGUAUGACGGGAGCAGCGCCAUAGAGAACCUGAAAGCCAAGUUCUGCAGCACUGUGGCUAAUGACGUGAUGCUGAAUACUGGCGUUGGUGUCGUCCGCAUGUGGGCUGAUGAGAGCAGCAGACUCAGCCGUUUCCGAAUGCUCUUCACAUCAUUUGUGGAUCCUCCAUGCUCCAGCAACACCUUUUUCUGUCAUAGCAACAUGUGCAUCAACAACUCAUUGGUGUGCAACGGCAUUCAGAACUGUGUUUACCCCUGGGAUGAGAACCACUGCAAGGAGAGGAAAUCCAAGGGACUCUUUCACCAAAUCACAAAGACGCACGGCACCGUGAUCGGCAUUUCUGCCGGUGUGGUUCUGGCCUUGCUAAUCAUCUCCAUCCUGGUGCAAAUAAAGCAACCUCGCAAGAAGGUAGUGGCCCGUCGACCAGCUGUCAUCAACAAAGGUGGCUUCCAAGAGGUCUUCGACCCUCCAAACUAUGAGCUCUUCUCCCUUCGUGACAAGGAGCUGUCAUCAGACCUGGCUGAGCUGUCAGAUGAGCUGGACGGCUACCACAAGCUAAGGCGUUCCUCUACCAUGUCUCGAUGCAUCCAUGAGCACCACUGCGGUACCCAAGCCUCCUCUGGAGGCAGCAUGAAGCAGAGCCGCACCACGCUCAGCUCAAUGGAGCUCUCAUACCACAACGAUUUCUCCAAGCCACCACCCAUGAAGACCUUCAAUAGCAGCAGCACCGGCACCUACAAGAAGAGCUGCUAUGGCUACAAACAGACUCACGACUGUGCUGAGCAGGUGAUCGAGGAUCGCGUCAUGGAGGAGAUCCCCUGUGAGAUCUAUGUGAGGGGUGGGAGCGUAGGAGGGGCUGCAGGCAGCAUUGGCAGCGGUUGCGGGAGCAUUACCAUCCGUAACCAUGGCUGCGCUCGCAGCAACAACACCACCACCACUGUAGUGGACCCGGGACCGCGUUCCAUAUCCAUGGACUUCUGAAACUGAGAGGAAGAAAAGGGAGAACAAGAGCCCUGAAUUAUACCACUUUUUUCAGUGUCCUUCAUUACUGAUUUUCAUGCACAGGGGUUCCAGUGCAAUAUAGAGAAACAUGAAGCACACUAAGUGGAUAAACUUAUGUUUACAGAGAGAUAACAUGUGGCUGGCUAUUUUAAUCUAUGUAUACUAAAAAAGAAAGAUAAAGAGUAUGUAGGUUUUGUGUUGUUGCUUGGCAUUAACUUACUUUUUGCAUCAUUUGACUCUGUGGAUAACUCAAAUUAUACUGAAAUGAAGAUGACUUUCAUGGUUAUAAAUUAAAAUCAUGUAGUGAUCUCAGCAAUCCCCUUCUAUACACUUACAGUACACUGUGUCCGAACCAGUCAACAUGUGAUUUUUCUGUCCUAAAUUGGUGCGUGAUGCAACAAAAUCAGCCAGUCAGAUAUUUGAUGUUUUAAACAGCGUUAUAUAACAUACAAUAUAGAUAUGCAGAAGGAUUUUGGAUUGUGGGUGGGGCUUCCCAAUAUGGCAGAAUAGUAAACUAAGCGACUGACAAAAUGUGUUGCUUCUCAUCAUUUUGCACUGUCAUGACUGGUUAGAAGAAAAACUUAACAUGGAAGACAAAGGAUUGAUCGCUUGUGGCUGUAUCACAUUGUGCAUGGUUAGGGCACGGUGUUAAGAGGGACACACAUUUGGAUUGGAAAGGCUACUAGAUCAAAUAUUCCCACAGCAUACACAAACACUGACCUGAUUUUUUUUUUUCAUUUUGUCAUUGGUUUUAAUAGUUGGUUUUUAACUGAGAUUUGUCUUAAACAGAUUACCAUGUUGGCAGUAUGCAUCAUUGCAUCUGAGUGGCCAUAAAAGGCCACAAAACACACAUAUUGAUAUUAUGUUUUUUUAACCUAUAAACAUAAGUGUUCUGCAUUUUUUGAGGAGCAACCAGUCCAUUAUAAGCUUCAAAUAAAGACAAUUGUAAAUUAUGCUUACACUUUUUGUAUAGAAAUUAAUCUUUUUUUGUUGUGAAAUAAGUAAAAAUAAACAGGAAUAUAUUUUCUAAUCAAUAUAUGUUGUAUAAUAAAUUAUACUGCGCUUCCAUUUUAGUCAUGACAUGAAUAAUUGUAAAGAUAUUGAUGUAAGAAAUGUCCUAUUACAUUUGAAUAAAAUUAUGUCACCUUAA